AUAAGGCAUAAUUCAUUCCCAUAUUUCAUCUCUAUUCUCUUGGCAAUCUCUUGGACUGCCUUUCUCCAGAGGUUCAGAUCGGAGGCGGCUGGCACGAUCAUUGAGAGUCACGUGUGGUCAUGGCUCUCCGGAUCAUCUUGUUCAUAACGUGCAUAUAAAACAUGCCACAAUUCCCUCUAUACGGAUCACAUGCGAAAGUGAGUCGCGUUUUUUUUGCUGCUUUUUUUCUCCAAGCCGCAUCUCGUACGUCGUUUCUGAUUACUUUGGCGCAUAAUAUAUGGAACGCCAUCCCUCGAAAGAGCGUGGUUUGCUUUGUCGUUCACUUAAUUCAUUUUACUUCUUAAUUCAUUUUGCUUCUUGAUCCUCUUGCUCCUAUACCCCUUGACAGAUCUGAAACGUCCCUCCUUGCAUUAUCAACUUCUGAUAGCCCACUUACAUCAGCCACAUUAUGAACCUGCUUGUCUUAUUGAGACACGCCCAGAGAGGCGACACCCAUACCACGCCUACAUACGACCCUUCGUUAUCAGAAACAGGUCUCGCCCAGGCCCGAGGUGCUGGCGACGACGUAUCGGAAUAUUUGUCUUCUAACGACAUGGAUGUCGUUAUCCACUCCUCCCCAUAUUUACGCUGUUUACAAACCUCCGUGGAACUCGCUCACCGGUUGCAGGCGGCUCAUCUGGGAAAGGUAUCCCUCAAGGUGGACCACGCCUUGUCUGAAUGGCUACACCUGAAUCUUAAGUUUGUGCCGCCCUUGGAUAAUGGUCUUUCCUUGGAAGCAGAUGUUGCCAAAAUCCAGAGUACGAUGCCCCUUGCUAGUAACGUGUCCGUUGAUCUCACCUGGAACACAGCUGCUUUGGGCAGCUUCAACUCGUAUGGAGUGUCGUACUAUGAGUACAGAGAAAGCAUCAACCGCUAUAUCCGAAAUUUGACAUCUUAUUACACCCUGUCUCGCAAACCGAUGUUAAUCAUUGUGGUGACGCACGGAAUCGCUGUUAACUGCUUAUUGCAGUUCCUUUUGAACAAAUCUUUGUUUCAUGAAGUCCCGGAGGCCAAGAUUAGCAUUGCCAAACAAGUAUCGGUGGGCCAGUGGUUGUUGGUACGGAACUGUUUGGGUUUGGCCAACGGUCCGGAAAAUACCUCCACCUUAUCCAUCCCUAAGGAUUAUGAAACAACCUUCAGCUCCAAUGCUCUGUCUGAAAAGAAAUCUGCGGAAAAGGAUUUCUCGGAGCUCACGAAGGAAAGUACGCCGGGCGCGUUCCAACUGCGCGAGAAUCCACUGGGUGUUCUUUGUCUUUUGGGUAUGGUUUUAUUUGUUUCUUUUUCAUUAUGGGAGUCUUUUUGGGUCUGCACGUCGGCUAUGAGCCGUGAUGUCGAUUUUCAUGCGUUAUCUUUGCAUUGUGGUACUUGUGUUAUUCCAGCUUUGUUGUGUCAUUUAUGUGACUCCAACUUUAUUAUAGUACUCAUAUAUGACUCCAACUUUAUUGUGGUACUCAUAUGACUCCAACUUUAUUGUGGUACUCAUAUGAUUACAACUUUAUUAUGGAGAAUUGUAGUAUAUUUAGCAUUAGUGCUCUUGAAAUUGAGUUGC